AUGGCAGAAGUUACCAGUGCAGACUACUCGAAACAAGGAUACCAUGAAAUUCCAAAGUCUGCAUAUGCUGCGUCUAUCAAUUGGCUAAUUCUGUCCGAUAAUAAAAUCAAGAAGAUUCCAGAAACAAUAAGAGAGCUCAGGACACUCAGUAGGCUUGCACUAAAUGACAACAGAAUUGAGGAGAUCCAUCCAGAAAUGGGCUCUCUGUCUGGGCUGACAUGGAUCGACCUCACAAGAAACAGGCUAAAAUCACUUCCUGACGAGCUGGCAAACCUGAAGAAGGUUUCUGGCCUGGGGCUCAGCGAAAACAACUUUUCUGAAAUUCCUAGAUGCAUAUUCAAAAUGACAAACCUGAGGAAGUUUGGGUUUUUCUCUAACAAGAUCCGAGACAUUCCCAAGGAUAUAAGGCUAUUGAUAAACUUAAUCAAGAUAGAUCUGUCGAACAACGAGAUUUCGGUGCUUCCUGAAGAAUUCUGCGAGCUAAGAAACCUGAACUGGCUGAAUCUGUCGAACAACAGGCUCCAGAAGCUUCCUGACAGAAUAAAUAACUUGUCGCAGCUAGAAGAGCUUGGCUUGGGAUCCAACUGCCUCACUGAACUCCCCGACAUGAGCAAUCUUAAGAGGCUCAGGAUACUGCCUGUGUUCAAAAACAAGUUGGAAAUCAUCAACCAAAGCAUAUCGCAUCUGUGCAACAUAGAGAAACUAGACUUCAGCGACAACUGCAUUUCUGAAUUCCCAAGCCAUAUAAUAACUAUUCCCACACUCAGGUAUCUCAACCUCAAAUCAAACAAAAUCAAAAAAAUCGAGCCAGGCCAGUUUAGAAAUCAUGUUUCAUCUAUUUCAAUAAUCGAUGUAAGCGAUAAUCUACUCUCAUGCAUUCCUCUGAAGUUUUUCAAGACAUUCCCAAAUAUCACUGUCAUCAGAGUCGGUGAUAAUCCAUUUAUUUAUCACGAAAAUAAGCUUGCAUCUAAUCCGUCACUACUUGAGAUGUGCUACAGCAAAUGCCUUAACAUGAAGUACAGAUGUGAUCCCUGGAUAUCGCGAAGGUGCCCAGACAUUAAAGCAUGUGAUUCCUGUAAUCAGUUGUUUACAAUGCAGCCGCAUAUCGGUUAUAGCAUCAGCUCAAUAGGCGAUGGAAAUACAUUCGUGAUUGAAAAAAUGCUGUGCUCAUUCAACUGCUACAAGAAAGAAUACAAUAAACACUGUUAA